UUCCUUCCCAGAGCCGCGGGGAGGGAGGCGGCGGCUCCAGCGAGCAGAAGGCGAUUUUACCAUUAUUCCGGAUUUUAGGGCAGCGGCGCUCGGGGCUGCGGGCGGCCAGGAGGAGCCUCCGCGCUGCCUUUCCACCCUUCCACCCGAUUCCGGGAGGCGCCAGGGCCCGGCAACCAGCAGGAUCUCGGCGCGGGGCGGCCCCGGACCGGCCCCUUUGUUCGUGUGGGCCCGGCCGUGAGCCGGCAGCGAGCGGCGGUGCCGGCCCCGCAGCCUCCUCCGCCCCCGCGCCCCGAGCCGCCGCCCAGAUCCCUCCUCCGGCUCCCGGCUCGGCCGCGCAGGGAGUGGCAGGGCGGCUGCCGGCCGCGCUGGAUCCGGCGGGGACACCGAGCGCCCUGCCCCGCUCCGCCGGGCAGCCCAGGGUGUGUGACCAUGGAAGAAGAGGUGCACCAUCAAGAAGCCUGAGCAGUGACACUGGGACAGCUCUGCAGACACUGGCAGCAGCAGCCUGAGACACAGGAGAGGAAUCAUGCUGAAACCAAGUGGACUUAAAAUCCCAGGCAGGGCUGGGAAGCACUCCAGCCCUGUGGGACGGGCAGCAGGGACCAGCACAGCUGCUGCCACCACUGGCUCCAAAGAAGGCUCACCUUUACACAAGCAGGGUACCACAUCCACCAACAGCACCGAGAAGUCGGCAUCGAAGGUCGCCGAGGUGGGCGAUGAUUUCCUGGGAGACUUCGUGGUGGGCGAACGUGUCUGGGUGAAUGGAGUGAAGCCAGGAGUGAUCCAGUACCUUGGGGAAACGCAGUUUGCUCCAGGCCAGUGGGCAGGGGUUGUUCUGGAUGACCCGGUGGGUAAGAAUGACGGCUCUGUGGGAGGAGUGCGCUACUUUGAGUGCCAGCCGCUGCAGGGGAUUUUUACGCGACCAUCCAAGCUGACGCGGCAGCCGGUGGCCGAGGGCUCAGGGAGUGACGCCCCCUCCGUGGACUCCCUGACAGCUCAGAACUUGUCACUGCACUCGGGGACGGCCACGCCGCCUCUGUCCACUCGCGUGAUCCCGCUGAGGGAGAGCGUCCUCAACAGCGCCAUGAAAACGGGCAACGAGUCCGGAUCCAACCUGUCGGACAGCGGGUCGGUGAAAAAAGGGGAGAAGGACCUGAGGCUUGGGGAUCGUGUGCUGGUCGGUGGCACAAAGACAGGAGUGGUGCGCUACGUGGGAGAGACGGAUUUUGCCAAAGGAGAGUGGUGUGGAGUGGAGCUGGAUGAGCCCCUGGGCAAGAACGAUGGGGCAGUUGCUGGCACAAGGUACUUUCAGUGCCCACCCAAGUUUGGCCUCUUUGCUCCCAUCCACAAGGUGAUCCGCAUCGGGUUCCCAUCAACCAGCCCUGCCAAGGCAAAGAAGAGCAAGAGGAUGGCCAUGGGGGUGUCAGCCCUGACCCACAGCCCCAGCAGCUCCUCCAUCAGCUCCGUCAGCUCCGUGGCCUCCUCGGUCGGGGGCAGGCCCAGCCGCAGUGGGCUGCUGACAGAGACCUCGUCCCGCUAUGCCAGGAAGAUCUCUGGCACCACAGCUCUGCAGGAGGCCCUGAAGGAGAAGCAGCAGCACAUUGAGCAGCUGCUGGCAGAGCGGGACCUGGAGCGGGCAGAGGUGGCCAAAGCCACCAGCCACAUCUGCGAGGUGGAGAAGGAGAUUGCCAUCAUGAAGGCCCAGCACGAGCAGUAUGUCACAGAGGCAGAAGGAAACCUGCAGCGAGCACGAGCCUUGGUGGAUGGCAUGCAGAAGGAGAAGAUUGAGCUGCUGAACCAGCUGGAAGAGGAGAAGAGGAAAGUGGAGGACUUGCAGUUCCGUGUGGAGGAAGAAUCCAUUACAAAAGGGGAUCUGGAGACUCAGACGCAGUUGGAGCAUGCCCGAAUUCGGGAGCUCGAGCAGAGCCUGCUGUUUGAGAAGGCACAGGCUGAAAAACUCCUCAGAGAAUUAGAGGACACCAGGCUGACCACGGUGGCAGAGCAGUCCAGGAUCCUGCAGCUGGAGGAGGAGCUGAGCCUGAGGCGCAGCGAGGUGGACGAGCUCCGGCAGUGCCUGCAGAGCUCCCAGCAGGCAGAGAGCCCCGAGCACAGCCUGGGCCUGCACUCCGAGGCUCUCCGGCUGCGCGACCAGCUGCUGUCUGUCAACAAGGAGCACCAGAAGGAGAGCAGCCAGCUGAAGGAGAAGUAUGAGAAGACGCUAAAGAAGUACCAGCAGGAGAUGGAGAAGCUGAAGUCUGUCAAUGAGAAGUACUCGCAGGAGAUUGUUGACCUAAAGCAUAAAGUUCAGCAAGCCACUAACGAGAACAUGGGGCUCAUGGACAACUGGAAGUCCAAGUUGGACACGUUAGCUUCUGACCACCAGAAGUCUCUGGAGGACCUGAAAGCCACGCUCAACUCAGGCCCUGACAGCCAGCACAAGGAGAUUGUGGAGCUGAAGGCAGUGGUGGAGAGUAUAAAGCUGGAGCACCAGCUUGAGCUGGAGAACCUGAAAGCAAAGCAUGACAUUGAGACAGCUGUCCAUAUAAAGGAGAAAGAGAGCCUCAAGCUGAAGCUGCAAGAGGCUUUGGAUGAAGUGGAAAAAAGCAACAGCAACUGGAAAAUCCAACUGGAAAGCAAAAGCAGUCAGCACCUUCUCGAGCUCCAGGAUGUGAAGGACAAGUGUCGAGAUGCUGAGCUGAGGGUGCAUGAACUGGAGAAACUUCAUGGUGAAUACACAGACCAGACACAAGCAAUAGCUUUCUUGAAAGAGCAGAUAUCUUUGGCUGAAAAGAAGAUGUUGGACUAUGAAACAUUACAGAAAACAGAAGCCCACAGCAAACAGGAAAUCCAAAGAUUGCAGGAAAAAGUGCUUGUCUUAGAGAACAAGCUGCAGUCCAUGGAGGCCCUGCAUCCUUCUCAGCAUGCAAAUAUGAUUGAGACUAAUGAUAUUUCAGAAGAAAAGAUAAAUAUGAAGCAGACUAUGGAAGACCUCCAGGACAAGCUGAGUAAAAGAGACAAAGAGGUGUCAUCCCUAGUGACCCAGACUGAAACUCUAAGGGCCCAAGUAAGUGCUUUGGAAAACAAAUGCAAAACAGCAGAAAAGAAGGCUGAUUCAGUGCUCAAAGAAAAGAAGAGGUUGGAAGGAGAACUGGAAGCCUUGACCAGGAAAACACAUGAUGCCUCAGGGCAGCUGGUCCUGAUCAGCCAGGAGCUGCUCAAGAAGGAAAGGAGCCUGAACGAGCUGCGGGCGCUGCUGCUGGAGGCGAACCGGCACUCGCCGGGGCCCGAGCGCGACCUCAGCCGCGAGGUGCACAAGGCCGAGUGGCGCCUGAAGGAGCAGAAGCUCAAGGAUGACAUCAAGGGCCUUCGAGAGAAGCUGGUCGUGCUGGACAGGGAGAAGGCGGCGCCGGAGCAGCGGCGGUACUCGCUGAUCGACCCCUCCUCGGAGUCAGAGGUGAUCCGGCUGCAGCACCGGCUCGUCAGCACCGAGGACGUGCUGCGCAACGCGCUGGAGCACGGGCACCAGAUGGAGAAGCUCAUGGAAGCCAUGAGGCUCUCCUCUGAGAAAACACAGACUGUUGGAAAUUCUGGGUCUGCUAAUGGGAUUCACCAGCAGGAUAAAUCCCACAAGCAAGAGGAGAAGCUCUGAUAGAGAAGAGAUGGAAAGGACCAUUUCACGCCAGUAUCAGCUCCUCUGCACAGUCAGGAAAAACAACACCACAUCUGGCUUUAGCACCUCCAAAAGACCACACACAGUAUUUUCACUUUAAAGCAGGACAAUGUUUAUAAUGUACUAACUGAUGUAAUCAGGACAAUCCCAGAGCCUAGUUUUCCAAGACAGCCAUUGUUCCAGGAGGGAGCAGAAAGACCUCUCUGGGUUUGGUUUCUUACUUGUAUUGGUUUUGACUGUGGAAUUUGUAUUGUUUGAGCUGCCCUUGUCCCACCAGCUGACGUGGUUUGGAUGACAGCUGCCCUGACCUGUGGCUGAAGUGUCAGUGGGUCCCAGCAACCCCACAGGAGCUGCCAAGGGAUUUGCCUGUGGUGUUCAAAGCAUGUGCCCGUAGGCUGCACCCUUCCCACGGGGUCUGUCCCUUCCCUCCCACACACCCUGGUGUCCUGAGAACCUGCACAAGUGAGUGAAACCUGCUGGGCUGAUGAUGUGAGCUUUGGGGAUGUGUUUCCCUCCUCCCUUUUGGAAGACAUCAUUGUUUUAGAGCAGAGGCUGCACUUAGUUUUUGUAUUAUAGUAUGUUGUGGGAAAUAAUCCAGUUUCAGAGGGAUAUUUAUUUUGUUUCUUCUCCCCUGCAAUUUGGGGAAGAAGCUGUGGUGGCUCUGAGUCUGGGGUCAGGCACACCUUGCCUGGGUGUAGCUGGCCCUUCUUCCUGCAGUGGGAUCUGUGAGCAGGCCUGCUGGAGUCCUGUGCCUGAGCUGUCCAGCUCAGUGCCCCUCUCUCCUGGGGGGCUCAUGGGCUCUGUUUUGAGCUCAGGACUCCACAGGUGCUGGAUCUCAGCAUUGCUGGCCUUGGAGCUCCAUGCUGGGGGCAGUCAGUGUGGGACAGAUGCAUUGAACAAAAGGUUCCCUCCUUGCCUGUUCAAUUUAAGAGCUCACUGUGAUUGCCUGGUGCUCUCCAGAGCUCUUCAGUGUGAUGCCCAUCCCCUGCUAUUGAGAUGGCUGAGGUGAAGGUGCUGCUGUGGGCCUGACUUUGAUGGCUUCAGCAAUCCUCUGUGCAUGGCCUGGCUGUGAGUAUUUGGAGCAGAAGCAAUCCAAGACCAGAGCCCAGGCAGCUCUUGUGUCUGCACCAGCAGAGGAUCUUGUUCCUUCUUCCCAAGGCUUCACUCUACCUUUGCACCACAGCUGCCAAGUGAUAAUAGGGCAGAGAAAGGUGACAACAUGCUCUUAAAGGUGUGAAGGAGCCCAGCUCAGGUUCACCCUUCAGUAGCACAGGGAACAGUCACAGCAAUAUUUUUCCAGGCUUCUCCCAGUUAGUGCCACCUCCUCCUCCUUCUGCUAUGAUGGGACAUCUGUGAAAGGACAAGAUGGGAGAGGAGACCUGAGCCAGACCCCCAGCAGGUGAACACGAUGGCACAUCAGCUCUGUUACUUUUUGCCCUGAUUUCCCACAAAGUUUUGUCACUUUUUCUUAGUGGGUUGCCAGACUCCUGCUUCUUUGAAGGAUGAACAGCCAGAAGCAGCCUGGGAAAGACUUGAGCUUCAGGACUGUGAUUUUGCCAUCAGGAGGAUGACAUUGAACACUUGACCCUUCUCACCUGAUGCAAGAUUGGUGAUCUCCUGUCCUUCAGAGGAGGAUGGGCGAGGAAGGGCAAGUAAAGCAGGUCAGAAAUCCCAGCAGAAAUCUGCUUGUGGUAGCAGGAGGCAGAGCAUGGGAUUGAACUGGCUGGAAAUAAUUAAUGUAGGAUUCCAUCCUGCCUUGUACAAGUGUUUCUUCAGCUCUUACAAGUCACCAGGAAGAUUGCCAUAUCUCUGCCUAGCUCUGGAAGUUUCACAAGGAAUUGUAGGAGUGGCCUCCAAAACCCUCCUGGUUGAGUAUUCAUCUUCUAAGUGAUUUUGGAAAGUCCCAGAGGGAGUUUUUGUUUGUUACCGCCCUCAGUAGUGAAUACCUCACUGCUGGUUUUAGGAAUUUAGGGCUGAUGUUUCCCAAAAUGCUCCUGUUGGCUGGAUGGUCUCUGAAGUCGUGUCUGCAGACCCUGUGGGCUUCCCUGGGCACAUGCAAGGGGGAGGCCCCAUUCUGGUUUGUAACUUAUUUUCCUGUAUGGGUCUUCUAGUGACUUGUGGCCACUGCCUUCACCUGCAGCAGAGAUAUGUCUGUUUUCCACCUCCCUUUGGCUCUGUACAGAGUGGGAUCCCCUGGGAGUGCCCAUGGGGGACCAUGUGUUUGGUUCUGUUGAACAGAUCCAAAGUUGCCAGGCUGGAAGAGUCUCUGGCUCCUGCCUCUUCCCAGGGACCAUCCCUGAGAGCAGCUCAGACCUGGGGCUUUUCCUGCUCAGCUCAGGAGACAAUGCAGCACAGGAACAGAGGGGUUCAGACCAGGCUCACAGUUAGUGCUGAUGGUCUUCUCUGGCUGUAAAUGACUGUGCUGGUCCCUGAGGAUCAGCCAGGAGCUCUUGGCACUGCUUGGCUCUCUGUGCAGGCUCUGUGGUCACUGUGUUGCAGGGCUGAGGGUUGAAGCCCCCACCCACUGGGGUGCAGGUCCAUGGGAGCUGCUCCCAAAUUGGACCAUCCACAAUGCCACCAGGAUAUUUGUGUGCUCAUGUGGCUUCAGCUCAGCCCUGUGUAAGGGGCCAGGAGGGGUUGCACUCACUCACUUCCUCCCUCUCCAAAAUUAGCACAGGCUUCCCCAGGGCACCAGCCUCUGGCUGCCCUCCUGAGGUGGUCAGAGACCACACUAGGGACAAACUUGGAAAGGGCAAGGGGGAGAUUCCCCAUCCCCUCUAUUUAUUUGUAAGUUUAAGUGCUAUUUUUACCUAUGUGGUGGUGUAUAAAGUACUUCUCAAUGCUUGGUCCCUCUGGCUUGGUUCUUUGGGAGAGCUCUGGGGCCCUGGAGUGGUGAUGCCCCCUUGUCCUGUGGUUUAUCCGGGCUGGUUCCUGUUUGUGCCUUCACUCCCCCUUUGGCUUCAGCCUUGCUCUUACCUCGAUCCCCAAGAGCUGCUGAGGGAGGGCUGUGCUUUCCCCAGCCUUUCUCCCAGCCUGAGGAUGCCAUGCUGGUUUUCCAUCUGCAGAUGGAGCAGGGUGGGGAGCAGGAGGUGGCACACAGCUGGGCUCCAGGGAAGGAGCAGCCCCCACAGCCAGUGGCAUUGCCCUGACAGGUAGUGAUGCUUUUCUGCUGAGAGCUGAGCCCUUAUCCACUGAAAAAACAGCCUUUGGCAUGGAGACUACUUAGUAUGGACUGAUUUCUUCUCUAUUUCUCAAGACCAAAGGGGAAAAGAAUGAGUCUUGCUUGGGAAUGUCAGCUAUAUCCCUCCUGCAGCAUCCAGAGAGCUGGAGCAAGGGCAGCACCAUGCUGGUGCCCUGUGGAAUGAUGGCACCAGCCUGCCUGGGUGUUACAGCUCUGCAAUGACAGGUGCCAAGCUGCCAGCCAAGGCCUUACAGCUCCUGCCUCCCCCCAGCCACCAGCAGCUCCUCUGACUCGCAGUAGAGAUGCAUAAGGGUUUCAUUAAACAAAAUUAUGCAAAUGGCACUGUAAAAGUCUUAAUGAAAAUUCCAAUACUCCGUUAUUCAGCAGCUUUAGCAGCUCAGCACUAUCUGUAGGGAGUUAUUAAUACACUAAGAUCCUAUAGGCCUCCUGUAAGUUACCAGAAAAAAGAUGAUACUAGAUGUAUAAAUGGAUGAUAACCUUUUACCCAUCCAGUAUGUAUUACAAUUUUGUAGCUUAGUCAUUUUUUGGCUAUCAGAUUUUGUUAGUAUGAUACAAAAAAAAAAAGACAAAAAAAAUGUUUGACUGCUAAUGUCUAUUUUGUUAUUUGAUUCAUUUUCUUCCUCUGUACAAAAGCUGUACAAAUCUGUCUGUGUAACUUCUCCACAUCUGUAUUCAUGUACCAUUCCCCUUGUCCUGGCUUGCUGGUGUGGUGAGCUCCUACUAAACAAUAAACUCUGUGGCUGAA